AGCAAUAGAUUUGCGUUGCUGCUACAUACAUGUGUACAUCGCCGGAUCCUAUAUAAGUCAAGGUAGGAUAGAUACAUAUCUACCGUCAUUGAAAGGAUACAAGGGCACGAACCAAAGAAUCAACAUUGAAACACAACAUCCAAAGGCAGCACCUUGACCAUGAGUCCUUCAGCUCUCGCCAAUGGCACAGAGGCCGCCUCAGGGACGCCUCGUCUCGUCAUUGAGUUUCCUCCAGUUACGGCAGCCGACAACCUCUCUGAAAUCUCUGCCAUCACCGAGCUGGUGAAUCGUGUAUUCAUCGACGCAGAAGCUGGCAUCUGGAACGAAGGCUUCGUGCGCACCUCUGACGCCGAGGUUGCAGACUUUAUCCGCAAAGGCCAACUAGCCCUCGCCUAUCUCGCGUCUUCACCACCGGCAUCCGAAGACCAGGGAAUUCAAAAGGGCCAGUUGGUGGGAUGCGUGUGUGUCAAGCGGGCCUCGGACUCAAUGUGCACUUUGGGCAUGCUCAGCCUGGACAAGACACACCAGGGACUCGGACUGGGCCGCGAGAUCUUCAAGUUUGUCGAAGAGUACUGUCUAUCACUGGGCGGCACCACCCUCGGGCUGGACAUAUUGAUGCCAACGAGCUACGACCAUCCGCUCAAGACGAGGAUGCAUGCGUGGUAUCUGCGACUGGGAUUCCAGCAGGUGAGGCUGGGCGACUUUGGGGACGAUUACCCUGCCCUGGUGCCGCUGCUGAGUGGACCUGUGGUUUAUAGAGUGUUUGAAAAGAAGCUCAAGUAGACGGAUGCGGACAGAAAUGGUCGUCUCCUGGUCGAGGAAUUGGAAUACAGAUGUGCUCACUGAUUUUUUGGAGAUCACGCGUCGACUUGUGGCCUUGAUGCUUGUGUACACCGCCAUCUAUCACAUUCCCCCAAUAGGCCUGGCGUUUGGCUGUUUUAGACGACCUGGACAUAGAGCCA